UUUCAUAAGAUGGCGCUGCAAAAUCUAACCUAAAAAAUCAAUUGACGCUUGUCUCCGACAAAAACGCUGUGUUUGUGAUAACAGAAAGUGAUUACGAAAUGAUUGAAAAACCUAAAUCUCGUUAAAUUUGACGAUUUUUACCCAAAACGUUGAAUUUUGUCAUAAAAUCAGGAGUCCCAGAAAUCCCAAUAGUUCUAAUAAAUCGUUUUGCUCUCCAAACAACAAACAUGGAAGCUACAGAAAAUGAAAAUGUCGAAAGAUGCGUUGUACCGAAUUGUAAAAACACCGCAACAACCGGAAUACCGUUUCCCAAACAGGCCGAAAUUUUAAAACAAUGGUUGGAAGCUUUAGAAAUUCCAGAUUUCGUACCAGACGACACGAGUUUCGUCUGCCUGGACCAUUUUUCCGAUGACAGUGACGUUUUGGACCGAGUUAAAGAAAAUGCACUCGAAAACGUACUCGAAGAGCUACCAAUUCCCAGUCCCACCAAAAACCGGAAGGCGGAGGAAAAAGUCACACCGAAGCCUUCAACUAGCGAGAAGUUUGACGCUUUUGGGCGGCCACCACUCGACCAUCAAUCAGCUUGCAGGCUGUGCUUGGGCAAGGAAGAUGCCACAACGAACGUCUACACCCUCCUCAUCCCCAACGUGACCAUAGCCCAGGCAAUCACCACUUGCAUGCCCUCACUUCGUGUAGCAAAAGGCGACCGUUUAUCGAAACUAAUCUGCCCUAAAUGCCUCCAAACAGUUCGUAGUUACUACAAAUUUCGUACAAAUUGCCUCUCCAGCGACCACAAACAACGCGAAGCGAUCCGUUUCGCCGAAAAACGAAAAAUCCACGACAAUCAAAUAACUCAAACGAAAAAAUUCUGCGCCGAUGAGAUCCGAAAAUACACCGAAACGCAUCCGGUCACAAAACCGAAAUCGGAGAUUGAUAAAAAAUUCGAAUACGUUGAGGCUGAACUGAUGAAAGCUUUGGAGGGCAAACUGACCGAUGAGAUGAAAAGUGCCGAUAACAUCAUCAUUCAAGUGCAGAGUGAUGACGAAGAAGGGCAAGAACAGGGGACUUCGGUUGCGUACAUUGAGCCCAACAAUGUGGUCAAGGUUGGCAGCAAUGAAGUGAAACUACCCAAGGGAAUCAAAGUCAGCGUGCACCAACCGCGCGUUGGGACAUACGAAGCCAAAGAAAUUGAAGGGAUUUACAACUCGGAGUCGUUCUGUCUGGUGGAUAAUUACGUGUUCGAGUACCGGCUAUGCAAAGGGAAUAUCAGGCAUUUGAAAUGCCUCAUUGGCAAAUGCCGCGCCAGCGCCGAGCAAACGCUGCCCGAAUCGGGCAUUGUGGACCCGAAAGUCGUCGUCAAAAUCGGGCAUAAUCACCCAGCCCCCUCCCCCGAAGAGCGCCGCAAGCAAAUUUUUUUGCACCUCAUGCGUCGCAAAAUGCAAAGCGACAAAUCCCUAAACUUUCGCAGCGUUUACGAGGAAUUUUGCGAAAAAGACCCCGAAAUGCAAGAGUUGGUACCGCUCAAAACGGUGAUUAACCAGAUCUGUUGCCAACAGAUGAACCUAAAGUCGCCACCAAUUUAUUCCUUUGAACAGUUUUUCGAACAAAUCGAAAACGACGAGUUCCAAAAACUGCAUUUUACGCACGGACAUAAACAGUUCUAUCAGGAGAGACUGACUGCGAGCGAUGGGGGAAAGGCUGUCAUUUUUGCCAACUGUGAAACAAUCGAGGAGAUUUCAGGGAGUAAAAUAAUGUACGUCGAUGCGAGCUACAAAAUUGACACGAACGAAAAAUUCAAGUAUCAUUUGAUCACGGUUUUGGUGUGGAUUAGCGACAAUGACAAGUACCAACCGAUCGUGGUGAAAAACCGGAAAAUUAAGUUCGAUUGCUUCCAAUAUUACCCAAUCAUGUUUGCCCUAACAAACGAAAAAUCCCCAGAAAUUUACAAAACCGUUUUUACCUAUCUCCGGGACAUUCUCGCCCCGAAACUAAAACCGGAAGAAAUCGUCACUGAUUACGAAGCAACGCUUCACUAUUCUUUAGGCGAAAUUUACAUGGACUCACACAUCGGGGGCUCAGUCUUUUAUUACACGCAAAACAUUUACAAAAAAAUUUGCUCGUUGAACUUGUCGCGCGAACUCGAAACAAACUCGUGUUUCCGCAACAUUUACCACAUGAUCCUGAUGUUGCCCCUCUUACCAGUCAACACAAUCAUCGACGGUUUGAACAACAUUGAGCUCCAGGCCUCUGAAAUGGGCCAAAGCGAGCUGACAGCCCCCAUAUUCGACUAUAUCAAGGACCAAUGGAUUAAUAAAGUAACCCCCGAUUUGUUUUGCGUCCAUCGGCUCGAAAACCGCAUCAACGAGAACGUGAUAGCCCCGUUUAAAAAACUGCGCGAUUUUUUGAUGAUUUCCAAAGGCAAAAUGCAAAAACAGCAAAUAAAUAUCGUCUCAGUGGUCGAGAAACUGAUCGAAUUGGAGGCGUUUUUGUGCACUGUGAACACAGCCCCCUCGAAACGGACAUUCGCGCGCGAUUUGAGCGUCUCGCAGAAGAAAAAUGUAGUCAGAGCGUGGCAAUUUAUCGAAAGUCACCCCAAAAUCAACAUCAAUCAUUUCUUCAAUAAAGUUUUGGGGUACAUCAAGUGUAUGGAGAACCAGUUGUGGAUUUGGGGGUUUUACCGAUAUACGGGGGAAGCCAACGACGAGUUGAUCAAUGCGGCCAAUUUUUCCAUCAUCAAUACGGAGGAAAACGACGAUCAUAAUUACGAACAAGGAGUGGAAUAUGUGGAUUAUGAAUAUCCAGGGAACGAAGUUGUUGUCGAUGUUGUUGUUGAUCAGAAGCACGGAUUUUUGGUCAAGGAGGGACAAGAGGAGGUGCAAACCACGGACGAAGAGUUCGAGCAUUCGUACACGGAGCAGUAACGCGGUUGUUUUAGCAAUUAUGUGUUUGUUUAUUUUUUAAAUGUCCCAGGACAAGGAAGGAAGUUUAAGAAAUAAUACUUGGUUCUUUAUGUAAUAUUUCUUCAAAAAUACAUUUAUAUUUUAAACAA